CCUCGGACUUUUAACAUUGAUCUCUACCAGUCUAUGUUUGUAGCUUUUCUCGUUACGUAAUAGUGACUUUCCAAAAAUAGAAAACUCUUGCUGCAACAUUCAUCCCUAUUCGACCUCGAAACCGAGGCUAAGGAUUUUACCUUGUUGGCUUCUGCUCUUUCUCCAAUCUGUUAAUUCAUGCUUAUGGAAUUUAAUCUGUGAAAUAUUCAUGGUUUUCUGAUCUGGGGUUUUGAAAUUAAAUCAAAGAAACCUUCUUUGGUCAUAUUGCGAGACCAGUUCUGCAUCAAAAAGAAGCCCUCUAUCAAUAUAUAAGCGAUUGUUGGAGCUUGGACAUGCAGCAACAUAUGGAGCAACCUGAAGAGAAAGAUCGCAAGAUGAAAGAGCAAUUACAUGCAGUAGAGGUAGAAAGAGAUCGAGCCCUUGAUGAACUAAGAGAGAUGAAAAAGGUGGCACAGGAGGCUAACAUGCGUCUUAGUGAAGCAUUGUCAACUCAUAAUCAGGAGAAUAUAGACUCGUUGAAAGUUGAACUUGGAAAGGCCAAAGAUUUGGAGCUCAAACUGGCAGAGAAUGUGGAAAACGCUGAGGCUAAGACGAAGGUUUUAGUGUCUGAGAGCGAGGAACGAAUUCAAGAAUUGCAGCAGAAACUGACAGAGAAUGCAAAAACCUCAGAGUCUCAGAUGACGGCUUUAUUGUCCGAAAGAGAAGAAAGAAUUCGGGAGUUGGAGCUCAAACUGGCAGAGAAUGUGAAAACCUCCGAUGCUCAGGCUGAAAUAAAGACUUCAUUGUCUGAAAGAGAAGAAAGAAUUCGGGAAUUGGAGCUCAAACUGGCAGAGAACACGGAAAGCUCAGAGGCUCACAGGAAGGCUUUAUUGUCCGAAAGUGCAGAAAGAAUAAGGAAAUUGGAGAUCAAAUUGGCAGAGAAUGUUGAAACCAAUGAGGCUCAGUUGAAAACUUUGUUUUGUCAUAGUGAGGAAAGAAUUCGGGAACUCGAGAUGGAAAUAGAAAAAAGAAGGAAAUCAGAAGCAAGAAUCCUUGAUUCGUUGAUCACACAGACAAACCAACUGGAGCAAACCAAGGUUUUACUUGAAGAAUCAAAUUCUGAAAUUACUUCUCUUCAAAAGAAAUUGGAGAAAUGGGAAGAGGAGUCGGUGCAGAGCAGUGAGCUUAGCACAUCUCAUUUUCAGGACAGCCAUGAUACUAAUGUUUCCAUGGGGGAUGAUUUAGAGAGUCUCAGGUCCCAGCUUCAGUUGACAAAGGAGAAUCUGGUUGAUUCUCAAAAGAAGGAGCAACUUGCGUGUUUGAAGGUUGAGAAAUUACUUGAGGAGAUACGUGCACUAAAACACGAGCUGAAGUUGACAGCCGAAGCUGAAGAAAACGGAAAGAAGGCAAUGGAUGACUUGGCUAUUGCUCUUAAAGAAGUUGCCACGGAAGCCAAUCAGUUGAAGGACUCACUGCAGAUGACCAAAGCCGAGUUAGAGCACUCAAGGGAACAAGAACAGCGUUUGAAUGUAAUGCUAAAGACCAAUGAGGAAGAUUUUAAAUUGAUGUUGGAUGAAGUAAGGAAAGAAGCUGAGAGGUACAAAAACACUGCUGCCAGGUUGAAAAUAGAACACGAAGAGUCGGUUAUGGCAUGGAGUGGGAAGGAAACUGGCUUUGUUGACUGUAUUAGAAAAGCAGAAGACGAUAGACAUGCUACACAGCAAGAGAACUAUAGGUUGCAUGAGUUGCUUCUCGAGACGGAUAACAAGGCCAUGUUGUCAAAGGAAGAAAAUAGUAAAUUGCGCGAUAUACUUAAACAGGCCUUGAAUGAAGCAAAUAUUGCCAAAGAAGCUGCAGUCAUUGCUCGAGCUGAAAAUUCUCAGCUCAAAGAUAGCCUGGAAGAAAAGGAGGAGGCCUUGAAUUUUCUCAUCCGAGAAAACGAAAAUUAUAGGGUGAAUGAAAUUGCUGCAAAUGAAAACAUUAAGGAGUUGAAGCGGUUGCUUAUUGAAUCGUCAAAGAAGGACUGCAAGAAAGAGGAAAAAGAGAAACCACCAUUGAAGGAUGUGAAAAAGGAGUCCAAGGAUAAAACACCUACAAAGGAGUCGAAGAAGGAGGCUAAGGAGUCAAAGCCUACAAAGGAGGAUAGUGAUAAGGAGAAAGAGGCUGGAAACAUACUUGGCAAAGUUUUCAGCUUCAGUCUCAAGGAGCUUAGAAUCUCAAACUCACACGAUGAUGUUGUUCAUGUUGUUCAUGAUGAUGAUGAUGAUGAUGAUGAGAUUGAAAUAGACGAGGCUCUCAAAGGCUCGAUCUUUGAGGUACAGUCUCCCGGCUCAGCUAAUCAUCACCGGAGAACUUCUUCUGCAUUCACAGAUUAUGGAGAACCCCUCCAUCCAGAGGAUUUUGAUCAUCUAGACCAUCAUCUAGAUGGGACUCACGCCGAGAACUCGAGAAAGAAGAAAGCCUUGCUAAGAAGAUUUGGCGAUCUUAUAAAGAGAAGUACUGCUUAUUCCUACUCUAAAAAGGAGCCAUCACCGGAUCCCAAAAAGGAACUAUUGCAGGACGCAAAGAAGGAGCCUUCACAGGAUCUCAAAAAGGAACCUUCACUGGAUAGCAAGAAGGAACCCUCACAAGAUACCAAGAAGGAAGCAUUACCAGAAUAGAUAAGCUGUAUUUUUUGCACUGCUCUUCAAGUUUUGAUAUUAAGUAGUUUAAUCUGAUUCUUUACUUAUUUUAUUCACAGUAAAUUAUAGUAAAUGAAUCCUGCUCUAGUCCUAGAGAAUUGCAAAUUUGAACAUGUAAUUAUAGUUCUAGCAGAAAUUGUACUUGUAUAUUGAUUUCAGAAGAUUGAAAUGGUCAGCAAAAAAGGGUGUUUAAUUGUUUUCA